ACAAUGGUACCCGAAGACUUCUCCGCUCCGCUCCUUUUAAAAACCUCUAAACCAAACACCCUCUCCGCUAUUCCGUUUCCCCUCUACGGAUCCUUUUCCGUUCACAUUGCAUUGCCACCAUACCAGAUCCUUCCUUCUGCAUCUCCCUGGAAAUGGCGCGUGAAGAGAACGUCUACAUGGCCAAGCUCGCCGAGCAGGCCGAGCGGUACGAGGAAAUGGUGGAGUUCAUGGAGAAGGUCUCCUCCUCCCUCGGCGACUCCGAAGAGCUCACGGUGGAGGAGCGAAAUCUCCUCUCCGUCGCCUAUAAGAACGUCAUUGGCGCGCGUCGUGCCUCCUGGCGAAUCAUCUCCUCCAUCGAGCAGAAGGAGGAGUCCAGGGGGAACGAGGACCACGUCAACGCCAUCCGCGACUACAGAUCUAAGAUCGAGACUGAACUCUCUAAAAUCUGUGACGGCAUCCUGAAGCUUCUGGAGUCCAAACUCAUCCCGUCCGCCUCCACCGGUGAUUCCAAGGUCUUCUACCUCAAGAUGAAGGGCGACUACCACCGCUACCUCGCUGAGUUCAAGACUAGCGCUGAGCGAAAGGAGGCCGCGGAAAGCACUCUCACGGCCUACAAAUCUGCCCAGGACAUCGCGAAUGCAGAACUUGCACCAACACAUCCUAUCCGUCUCGGACUGGCUCUAAACUUCUCUGUGUUUUAUUAUGAGAUUUUGAACUCCCCUGACCGUGCUUGUAGUCUUGCAAAACAGGCCUUUGAUGAAGCCAUUGCUGAGUUGGACACCCUGGGAGAGGAGUCUUACAAAGACAGCACUUUGAUCAUGCAACUUCUUCGUGACAAUCUCACUCUCUGGACAUCUGAUAUGCAGGAUGAUGGAACUGACGAGAUCAAAGAGGCUCCCAAGAAAGAAGAAGAGCAACAUUAAGGGCGGUUUCCUUCUUAUAAGCCUUAAGCUUCUCCAUGAUUGUUUUAAUUUGGGGAAGUUGUUUGCUGUUAUUUGCCCAUGGCGUUUUAAUGGGUUCUCCAAGUCCAUUAAAAAUGGACUGCUUAAUUCAGUACUGAUGAUCCUUCUAUCGUUUGGUCUUAGAAGUUAUUAAUGUGAUUGUGGAAGUUCUAUUUGUUUGCAGUUUUUUUUUUGAACAGUUUUGCUUGUUUCCUUGUUGGAUUGGUUGGUAAUUUGGUAUUCAUGCCUGCCGUGUUAUAUGAAAGCUCACAAGUUGCGUUUA